AUGGUUUUCCUUCUCGGUGUCAGCAUUACCGAAUCCACGAUGGUCACGAAAGCGCUGACCUCGUUCUACGGAAUCGGCCCCAACGUCUGCGCCCGUCUCUGCGCAAAGCACUCAAUCCACCCCAUGGCCAAGCUCGCAUCUCUGCAGACACCGAAGCUGAACGAGCUCCAGGCAGACAUGGCAAAGAUGACGCUGGAGAACGAUCUAAGGAAGGAGCUGAGAGACAACAUCGGCAGGUUGAGGGAGCUAGGGACAUACAGGGGGAGGCGACAUGCUCAGGGUCUGCCGGUGAGAGGACAGAAGACCAAGAAGCAAGUUGCAACUGCAAGGCGCUUCAAUACGCUGGAGAGGAGAGGUUGA